GUGGUUUCGUGAUCCUUGCAUGCGUGGUUCACAGACUUCUAUUAGAAUUUAGAAGUUUGUGGUACGUAUUGUGCAGUACACAAUGACGUGUAAUAAAUACAUAUCAACGCUGAAUUAAGAUAUUCAUUCUUCCUAUUGACUGAUAGAUCCAAUCCAAGGACCUGAAGUUCCUAAUCUCACCACAUGACGACUCCUGUAACUUGAGAAUCUAUAAGAACCGUACUCCCUAACCUUAACAUAUUAAUAAACGAUAGAAAUAUUUGUUAUAACACAUUCUUUUAUCUGAAAUUAAUUUUUUAAAUAUUUUUCUCACACUUGAAGUAUGAUAUAAAUAAAUUGUGUGAAUGGUUUUUGUUGUUCGUAAUCCGUAUUUAUGACUUGAAUUGUUAAAAAUAAGAGAAAAUAAUAUUUAUUAAUUUGCCAUGAGAAUAAAUAAAGUUAUUUAUCAAGUAUGGUGUACUCAAAAGAAUUAUAGGUUUUUAGAAACGCAUUCAUCAAAAUUUGAUAGGAAAUAUCUACAUCCCAGUAGAAAAUGUUAUUGUACCAAGUCGGAAGAUACAAAGGAAUGUGUAAUUCCAGUAGAAAAUAUACGUAACUUUAGUAUUAUAGCACAUGUUGACCAUGGUAAAAGUACACUUGCUGAUAGACUUUUAGAAAUUACAGGAGCAAUAAAAAAAAAUUCUGGAAACCAAAUAUUAGAUAAAUUACAAGUUGAAAAAGAUCGUGGAAUUACUGUCAAGGCCCAAACAGCAUCUCUAAAUUAUACAUAUAAGGAGACUAAGUAUCUUCUUAAUUUAAUAGAUACACCUGGUCAUGUAGAUUUUUCAGCUGAAGUGUAUCGUUCUUUAGUUCCUUGUCAAGGAGUUAUUUUAGUUGUUGAUGCAAAUGAUGGAGUACAGGCACAAACAGUAGCUAAUUACUAUUUAGCUGCAAAACAAAAGCUGAUUAUAAUACCAGUAAUAAAUAAAAUAGAUCUCAAAAAUGCCAAUCCUGACAGAGUAAUACAACAGUUAAAAACGUUGUUUGAUAUGAAGGAAGAAAAUAUCUUAAAAAUAUCUGCCAAGCUUGGCACUGGAGUAAAAAAUAUUUUAGAUGUCAUUGUUGAAAGAAUUCCACCACCUGAUGUGUUUAGAGAUAAGCCAUUCAGAGCAUUAAUAUUUGAUAGUUGGUAUGAUAAAUAUAAAGGAGCUAUUUCUUUGAUAUAUGUUAAAGAAGGGUCAUUGUCGAUAGGAGAUCAUAUAACUUCAAUACAUAAUAAAAAGUCUUAUGAACUUAAAAAUCUAUCGCUGUUACGACCCGAUGAAGAACCAGUAAAAAGAUUAGUUGCAGGUCAAAUAGGAUGCAUUGCAUGUAACAUGAGAUCUUCCAAAGAAGCAUUUAUUGGUGACACAUUACACAUAAAAAAUCAGCCUGUAGAUACCCUUCUGCAAUUCAAAACACCAAAACCAAUGGUUUUUUCAGGAGUAUAUCCUCUUGAUCAAUCACAAUUUGAUGCAAUGAAAACUGCUGUUGAAAAAUUAACUCUAAAUGACAGUGGUGUGUCUGUUACUAUAGACCAUAGUGUAGCACUUGGACAAGGCUGGAGAAUUGGAUUUUUAGGUAUAUUACAUAUGGAAGUUUUUAUGCAGCGUAUGGAACAAGAACAUGGUGUUGAACCAAUCGUCACCAUACCUAAUGUAACGUAUAAAGCAAAAAUAAGUGGAGCUAAAAACAUUAAAAAGUAUGGUAGCGAUGAAAUUACAUUCAAUAAUCCAGCACAUUUUCCUAACCCACAAAUAGUAACUGAAUUGUUUGAACCUAUUAUUUUAGGCACCAUUAUUACACCAGAGACAUACUUAGGUGAAGUAUUAUCUUUAUGUCUUGAAAAACGAGGGGUAGAACAACUAACGAAAGAUAUUGGAAAUAAUAGAAUAAUGUUACAAUAUUUAAUGCCAUUAAAUGAAGUUAUUGUCGAUUUUCAUGAUUUAUUAAAAAGUGCAACCUCUGGAUAUGCUAGUUUUGAUUAUGAAGAAUAUGGAUAUGAAUCUUCAAAAAUAAUUAAGUUGAAUAUAGCUUUAAAUGGAAUUAUAGUGGAAGAAUUAAGCACUAUCGUGCAUGCCAAUAAAGCUGUUACAGUAGGUAAACACCUAUGCGAAAAAUUAGUAAAUAUAAUUCCACGGCAGAUGUUUGAAAUUUCCAUUCAAGCCAUGCUAAAUGGACGUGUUCUUGCAAGGGAAAAUGUGAAAGCAUACAGAAAAGAUGUGACUGCGAAAUUAUAUGGUGGUGAUGUCACUAGACGAAAAAAAUUAUUAGCAAGACAAGUAGUGGGAAAGAAGAAGAUGCGAAUGAUUGGAAAAAUUCCUAUUCCACGAGAUACAUUCAUAAAAGUUCUUAAAAGAUAAUAAAUCUUGAGGAUAAUUAAAUUGUGCGAAGAUGUAUUAGUUUUUAAAUUAAAUUCAGCUGAUAAUAUGCUAAUCACAAUGAUUUGAUAUUUAAAAAAUAAAACGGUUUAAUAGAACUAAAUUAUUAUUUAUUUCAAAGUAAAAAAUAUGGUGUUUUUAAAGAUUUAUUCAGAAAAUUAAAUACUUCAAUGCAAUAUGUACAUACUUAAUAACAUCCAUGUCUGUAUAAUUUAUUUGACAAUGUAGAUUAAUAUAGAAAUAUAUCAUUGGUUCAUAGAACUUGGUGAAGGAUCAGA